AUGCAAGAAAAAGGCCUACUUUACCCUGAUGACAAGAAGGAGAUUGAAUGUCUCAAGCAUGUAGUAGUAGCGAUUCUAUAUGGGCUUGAUCUACAAGAAGCAACAAAAGGCAACGUAAGGGCACACCCUUCUUGGGUCUUCGCCGAAGUUGUAGCCGGAUUGUCCAUGAUAAUAUGUAUCAUGCAAUGGAUCUUUAUGACGGCUGUGUGGUACUGGUGCUUUUUGGAUGCUCUGAUUUCUGUUCUAUGGCUAGCACAGUUUGGAGUGUUUGCUUCGAUGUAUCUGGGUGCCGAGAUCAAAGAAGUAUUGGUGCCAACUUCAAUCGAUAGGAUGCAAGCGGCGGUCUGGGUCAAUCUUGUAUGUGUUGUUUUGUGGUUUGCGGCAACAGUCUAUGGUGCUAUAGGGUGCUGUGCUCGUUUCAAGAGAUCUCGACGGAAUAAAAAGCACACUGGGUCAGGUUUGAUGGUUGAUGAAGAACAAGCGGCAAGUCAUGAAGUGAGAGUUGAGUGA